AACAGAAGUUGAAGUUCGGCGUGGUGGCAGUCGGUAAAUGUUGUGACAUUUUAGGAGAGCAUAAAUUGCUCCAGCGGUCGACGGUCGAGUGGCGGGGUAGAACCCGAGCUGUCAAACCCGAUGACUACUGCAAACUGCCCCGGGAAUGAGGAGCUGGACUUCAGACUGAUUUUUGGAGAGGACGGGCAGCAGCAGCCGUUAGGCCCCGCAGAUCUGGAGCCUGACGACAACACGUCAUUCUACAUCCUAAAUGUGGGCCAGCCCCAGUCUAUGAUCACCAACCACCAGUCUAUUGGCUUGCCUCGUCAUGGCAUGCAGUCCCACUCCCAGAUCAUCAGCACUUCCCCACGCCUUCAUUCACACAAACCAGGAUCUGAGCCUCCGAGCUAUGAGGUACAAGACUCAAAGUUUGGCACCUCCCCUUUGCUGCCCUCUGCUCCUGUGGAGGCACCAAAGGCCUUUGAGUGCCCCAGUAUCCAGAUCACCUCCAUCUCCCCCAGCUGCCAGCAGGAGAUGGAUGCCAAUGAGGAGGAUCUGAGGGCCAACGGCCCUGAUGGGGACUAUCACGGUGAAAGGCCUCUGUCCAGAGACCACCUAUAUUUGCCUCUGGAUCACUCAUACCGGGACUCUUCUCUCAGCCCCAGCCCAUGCAGCAGCCUCUCCUCUAGGAGCUGGUUCUCUGAUGCCUCUUCCUGUGAAUCAUUCUCACAUGUCUAUGACGAUGUUGACUCAGAGCUAAAUGAAGCGGCUGCCCGGUUCACCCUGGGCUCCCCACUUACCUCCCCAGGCUGUGCCUCCCCUCAAACCAGUGGUGGGGUUUUGGAGGAGCAGCCCCAUUGGCAGCACCACCAUCCCGCCUUCGUGCACCACUCCCACUCUGUCAGCCUGUCACCCCGACAGUCGCCCUGUCACUCACCACGUACCAGUGUCACAGAUGAAAAUUGGCUCAGCCCGCGGCCACCCUCCAGGCCUUCCUCACGUCCCACCUCACCCUGUGGAAAGAGGCGCCACUCUAGCGCCGACAUCUGCUACCCCGGCUCAUUGUCUCCUCAUCACUCACCCACACCCACGCCAGGACCUUCACCUAGGGGCAGCGUGACAGAGGACACCUGGGUCGGCAGUCCUUCUGUAGGCAUGUCCCCCUUUCAGUGUUGCCCAUCUGAGGCAGACAUCCCAUCCAAGACAAGGAAGACCUCACAAGACAGAACGUCUAUGCAGACAGGGAAAGGGGAGCUGGGGCUAGAUGACCAAGGAAAUAUGUCUCCUAAUCUAGACUCUCCUUCAGACGAGGGCCUGCACGGCCUAAAGAAGGACGGGCCAGGGGAACAGUUUCUCUCAGUGCCCUCUCACUUCUCAUGGAAUAAACCCAAGCCCGGUCAUACGCCUAUAUUCAGGACCUCCUCGCUGCCUCCUCUGGAUUGGCCGCUGCCGAGCCAGUUUGGCCAGUAUGACCUGAAGAUAGAGGUGCAACCCAAAGCCCACCACCGAGCGCACUAUGAGACUGAGGGCAGUCGAGGAGCCGUUAAAGCAGCAUCCGGUGGCCACCCGAUCGUCAAGCUCAUUGGCUACAGUGAGAAGCCCAUCAACCUGCAGAUGUUCAUCGGGACAGCAGACGACCGGUACUUGAGGCCGCACGCCUUCUACCAGGUGCACAGGAUCACCGGGAAAACUGUAGCCACGGCAAGCCAAGAAAUUAUAGUCUCCAGCACCAAAGUUCUCGAAAUUCCUCUCCUGCCUGAAAACAACAUGUCAGCCAGUAUCGACUGUGCUGGCAUCCUUAAGCUGCGGAACUCAGACAUCGAGCUGCGGAAGGGGGAGACGGAUAUAGGAAGAAAGAACACACGGGUCCGCGUGGUGUUCCGAGUGCACAUCCCUCAACCCAACGGGAAGGUGCUGUCGCUGCAGGCUGCCUCUAUUCCUGUGGAGUGCUCCCAGCGUUCGGCUCAAGAGCUGCCCCAGGUUGAGAAAUCCAGCCUGACCAGCUGUCUGGUCAGCGGGGGAGAAGAGAUGGUCAUCAGCGGCUCCAACUUCUUCCCAGAGUCCAAGGUCAUCUUCCUGGAGAAAGGCCCCGAUGGACGACCACAAUGGGAAGUUGAGGCAAAAAUAAUUCGUGAGAAAAGUCAAGGAUCAUGCAUCGUGGUGGAGGUCCCUCCCUACCACAGUAAGACUGUGGGCUCAGCUGUGCAGGUGCAGUUUUAUGUCUGCAAUGGCAAGAGGAAAAGGAGCCAAUCGCAACGCUUCACUUACCUUUCAGUCAUGGUGAAACAGGAGCACAGAGAAGAGCUGGACCUUUCUGCAGUACCCCCUAUGCCCAUGCCCCUGGCACAUGCUGCCAGUCUGGUGCGCACCCAGCUGCCUUCUCCUGAGCAGGGCCACCCAUCGGACAACCUUCUGUCCAGCUCCCCCCACGGCCUGGCCACCGGCUCCGGACCUGGCCUGCUACCCCUGCAGGCCCCCUGCCCCUCCCUGGGCUCCCCGUCUUUCCAGCACCUGCCUCACCUCCAGGGUCGCAGCUUGCACCACCCCCCUGCAGACUGCCACAUGACGUUCCACCCAAGCUCUGCCCCUGCUCCUCUCCCUGCUCCUCCUCGGCCCUCCUACCAGCCUAUGCAGCACAGCCACAGUCACAGUCAUAGCCUGCCCUUCAACGGCCAGUCCAGCCUUCCCCCUCAGGGCUACGAGAGGAUGCCCUUCCAGCACAGCCCCAGUGCAGCGUCACACCCGAUGAGCAUGGGAAUGGUGUAUCCUUCCUCCCCUUGCUCCUCACCAUCAGCUCCCUCUUCUGCAACCACCAACCCCAUAGCUGGGUCUCCCCAGAGCCAGCAACCCCUGCUCGCCCCCUCAUCCCCUCACCUGCACACACUCGGAGGCUAUCACUGCUCCCCAAAUCACACCCAGGUACCCUCCCCUGGUGGCCACCCUCUAGUGGGGCAGCACUCCUCCCAGCUGCAGAGAGCUAUGGGUUACCACCCAGUAAGUCAAAGGUCAGCCUCCUGUCCCACACCAUCCAGUGCCCCUGCUCCAAGGAUGAUCCCCUCUCCCCACUCUGGGCCCUCCUCUCCUCAGCUCCACUCACUGCCCUACCAGUCUCCCACCUCAUCCUCCCCCACCUCGGGUGGCAGUCCUCUGGGGCCCAUGCAGCAGCAUUCAGGACAGCCUUCUCCCCAGGCUACAAGCCCAGUCAUGGCCAGCCUGUCCCCGGUGGCAGCAGGGCCUCUGGUUCACCCUCUAAGCCCGCAGGGGCCCUUCCCCUCGGAUGGAGAGAGGCUGAACAUCAAACAGGAGCCGGAGGAAAGGGAGCCCACCUUCCGCUCCAUUGGCCUACAGGACAUCACGCUGGACGAUGUGAAUGAAAUCAUCGGCAGAGACAUGUCCCAGUCCCCCAGCACUCAUGGUCCUCCAUCAGCACACAGCCAGUCAUAGCCCCGCCCACGCUCCGGCCCUGACGCAGCCCUCUGGGUAAUGAACCACCCGCUCCAGCUCUCAACCCCGCAACCCCCACCGCUUCGACACUGACCCCGGACCCUGGUUCUGGUCCAGAUGCUAAUCCUGUGUGUGAUGGGACUAGAGGGCAGGAAAAGACUGCGGUCAAAGAAAGAAUUCAGUGGACCUGCUGGACCACCAGCCUGACAAGAAGACACUCUCAUUUGUCUCUGAUUUUAUUUGAAACUAUUUCUCUUAUGUAGAGAUUUCGAAACAGAACUCACAGAUUACACAGGAAGGUGAGCAGGAGGAUGUGAUGGUAGGAGAAUAAGAUGCGACCCGUCCCUCUUCAUUAGGUGUGUGCCGGCCCUCUCAAAGCACCACUGUCUUCCUGAUCAAUCUGCUCUCUAAGAUUAUGGAGCGCCCACUUUUUGAACGACACCCUGUAGAGGAGACGAUACAACAGAGUGCCCUCUCACCAGCAUCGACCUACAUCAGCCAAGAUGUCUUCAGAAGAAUAAGAGAAACUAAGGAGGGCGCGCACAACCGGGAUUUAAAACUGUCCUGAAGGUUGUUUCAGUACUCUGAAGUGAAAAAAGUUAAUAGUUUAAUUGAUAAACAAAUAGUUGGGGUUCCUCUGAGUGAGCGUCACCUAAAAUUUGGCAUGAUUUGGAAAAAUAACACUUAAACGCUGGAGAUAAAAAGAUGAAAUAUAGGCUGUGAAAUUGGAUCAUCAAAUUCAAACCACCAUUAAUGGAUCAGUUUCAGUUAUCAGUUAAAAAAAAAAAAAGAAAAAGUCUUUGAAUAGAAAUUGAAUAUCUGGCUGAAUUUUCUAACCCGGUCCCAGUUUUUUGCUCUUGGGUUAGUGAUGACGACACCGUCCACUCCUUGUUUUUCUCCUUUUAGAUGAUAAAACCAUUCAGGUCUGGAGUGCAGGGGCCCGGCGGGGAGGACGAGCUCCUCUGGCGCUGGUCUGGGAUCUGCAACAUUCCACAACUUUUAGUAACCUUGCAGCCAUGUAGAUAUCUGUACAUGAACCCCCUUCUCUCGCUUUCUUUCUUUCUCCUACUUUCUCCUCUGUUUCAUCGUGUACGUCCUCCCUCUCCUUUAUUUCUUUAUCUUCUUCAAGUUGAACAAAUGCCUUAUUAACACUUAGCAGCUUUGAAUGGUAGCGAAAGCUUUUUUUUGUUGUUGUUUUUGUUGUUGUUGUCUUGCACAGCUGGCUUUGAGUGCAACUAGAAUAUUUCAGAUGUUUCAGAAACAUGAUUUCAUGAAUCCUGAUGAGGGGUGAGUGGCUUUCAGGACUGAGUGAGCCCUCUUGGCAAUCAACAUUCAAAGAUACUUUGAAGAUGCCCAUUAUUUCCACGUUACAGAAAAGUGUUUUUAUAAAUCCACAGAGACGGACAUGUCUGCCUCUGACAUUUCUCCUAAUGCAAUGAUUCCCCAAAUCUCCCAGGGGCCCUUGUGUGCCUUUGAAUUCCUAGCAGCAACCGGACCUGUGAUGGUGUGACAUAAAAUGGGAAAUGGUCUGACAAAAACGUUUUGAAAGUAUUUUAUACAUAAAGAUGAUUAUAUAUUGCAUUUAUUGUAUUGUUCCCCUCUUUUUGAUGAACAAGGUGAAAAUCCCAAAGUCUAGAGAUCAACAUCUAGAUGCACUUCCCCAGUUUCAACAAUCAAUGUUUGCUGGUCACAAUCAAACGCUUCUCCUGAACGGUGUCUACUGGCCAUGAUGUUUUCAUAGUACUUAACUCUGACAGAUAUGCAGUGCCUGUACGGCAGCAAUAAUACAAUCUCAAGAAAAGAGUGUCUUCAGGCAGGUCUCAGGCGAGGACAGACGGAUUUCCUUUUUUUUUUUUUUUUUUUGCCUUAAGCUUGACAAUGACACUCCUGAAAUGUGAGAGCUGAGGAGUGUUGCUUAUAACAGUUUGAAGUCACUUUCCAGGUGAAAAUGAUUCUGCUAUGCAUUACAGUUCUGCCUAAUGCCUUUAAAAACAAGGAGUAAAAAAAAAAAAAAAAAAAAAAAAAAAAACCUUGCUGCCUAUAUAUAUAGACUGUAGACUUGUUGUAGAUGCUUGAUUGAUUGUGUUUAGCAUCCCGGAGUUGUCCAUCAGCCAAUCUGCCUUGUUAAGGACGCAGUGCAAGCAUCUGAAUAGAUUCAGUCGUGUGUGUGUGUGUGUGUGUGUGUGUGUGUGUGUGUGUGGGCGCGCAGGUGUGUGUGUGUGAAUGGAUGGUUGGUGUUUGUACCAAAUAUGCUGUACAGAAGACAGGAAUUUUGAGAGUCCUAUUUUUUAACAACAGAAGCACACACGUAUUUAGGCUAUGCAAACUAUAACAGCAGCAAAUGUGAGAUAUGACAUUAAAAUAAAAAACGAGAUUAUAAACUAUUUGUAAUGUUGCUUUUGAAUUUCACAGAGCGGAAAGGAAAAUAAAAAAAACAUUCAGAUAGUGAGAGUAUCAUGUCACUAUGUAAACUAUUAGGAUGCCUUAACUCUUGUUUGAAAACCAGUUUUUCAGUGUGUCUGUAUGCUGUUCUGGGUUGAUUUUUUUUUUCCAUGACUGAGACAUAAGUCGUAACAAU